GCCGGGCCUGGGCAGCGCCCCCCGCGCCCAACGCCCCGCGCCCGCACGCGCCGCAGGGAGCGAUCGGCUGCCGCCCCGGCCUCGGCGCCGGGCGGGCCGGGGCUCCGGGAGCGCACGGACGGCCUCGCCAGCUGCUGCCACUGUGGGUACUUGCCCUUGAGUGAAAGGCCACUGCUCUCACUGGCUCCCAGCUGUGACAUCCCAUCACUCCCCCUACGUCCCGGAACAGCCUGACCCAGGGUGCGAGCCCACCCAGCGGCCCUUAUGUAGUGGUGACCACUCCAACCAGCAGGAGUGGAAGAUGGUACCUGUCAACCCCAAGGCGGAGGAGGAGCCCACAGCCGUUGCCAAGAGAUGGAGGACCCCACACCUGAGCCCGUCUAUGUCGACGUGGACAAAGGACUGACCUUGGCCUGCUUCGUCUUCCUCUGCCUCUUCCUUGUCGUGAUGAUUAUUCGCUGUGCCAAGGUCAUCAUGGACCCUUACAGCGCCAUCCCCACAUCCACCUGGGAGGAGCAGCACCUGGACGACUGAGGCAGUGGUGAGGGAGCGAGCCCUGGCGCUCUCUGAGCAGGGGGUGCCCAGGAUGCGCUCUGUGUCCCCUGGCCAUCGGCUGCCAACCCACAGAGGCGAGAAUGGAUUCGGCCACCCAGGGUUGGAGAAGGCUCACCUUAGUCUUGUCCACUCUCACACGAGCAGCAGAGUGAAAGGCUCAGGGUGCUGUGGGUGUUGUGGUGGUGGCACAGUCUGGAGAUAAGAGCAAUGGGCCCAGAGUCAGGAGGUCCUGGGUUCUAGUCUGGGGAAUCACUGUGAGACUAUGGGGCCAUCACCUUCCCUGGGUCCUGUGCACCUUUUGGAAUUGGAUACAGAUCCCACCAUCGCACAACGGGGGUCUCAUUUUGGAGAGACUCUUGCCCUUGACAUGCAAAGCAGCACACGCCCUAGCCCUGGAGGCUCCCAGCACAGAUGUCCCAUGGGAGCCCCAGCCCCUUCCCAAGGAACCAGCAACGCAGCAGGUGGUAAAGUGAGAAAGGAGAGGGGAGGCACGUCACCUCAAAAUUCACAAAAGGCACAGGGGCAGCUUCCCAGCAGUGUUUUUUUAAACGAAAAUCUAGAUGGAGUGUAUUUUUCCAGGUAUAAAUGAAAUGUGCAUUUUAGAAGUUUGGGGACAUACAGAAAAAAUAGAAAGAAAGGAGGGAACUAACACUUAGAUUCCCAAUUCCUGGAAGCCACCACAUUGAUAUAUUUUCUCCCAGGCUUUUUUACUGAUAUAUUUUUAAGUAGUCAGAUUCAUGCUGUUUGCAGGAUGUUGUAUCACUUCAUAUUCAAGCACAAACACUUUCUCAGUGCAUCAAACUCUCUUGAUAGCCGUCGUUUUUACUGGUUGCCAAGUGUUCCAUGGGGUGGAGAGAUCACAGUUGAGUAAUCCUCUCUUUGGUCAUCCAUUUCAUUUUUUUAAUGGGCUUCUCCUCCCAUAAAAUUAGUUCACUCCGUGACCUCUUGAGAGUGCAUGGUCCCCGAGACGAACAUUGGACAGGAAGACCUGGGUUCUAGUCCUGUCAGUCACACUAAGGCUGUGUGACCUUGAGCAAGUUGCUUAACCUCUCGGUGCCUCAGUUCUUUCAUUUGAUAAUGAGGAGGAAAGACUUGCCUUUCUUGUUUUGUGCAAGCCUCCUGUGAGUGAAGGGACAGGAAGGGGGGUGCUUUGAAUGUAAAUGUGCUGUGGGGGAGGGGCAAGGAAUAAGUUGUUGAUAAUGACUCUUCAUGGGGGGACUCCUUCUCCUUUCCCCACUCUUCUGAGCCCCUCUCACUGCAUCACCCGUACCUAUGACCUUGCAGCCAGAACAGGUAGGGGGUUCCCAUCGUGGCUCAGUGGUAAUGAAUCCGCCUAAUAUCAGAGCUCACAGACCUAGUCCCGAGUCCCAACCCCUCUACUUUCUUGCUCUGUGACCCCAAAUAACUCAGCCUCUCUGAGCCCCAAUGGCCUCAUCUGCAAAAUGAGAGAAUAACAUCUACCUCACAAGGUUGUUGUGAGGAUGAAAUGAGAGAACACAGGCAAACAUUAGUGUCUUUUCUUGAUUCCACCAUCUCAGGAGAAGUCAGGGGCCUGAACUAGGAGGAGAGGUGCCAGAUUCCCCCUUCCCUGCAGAGUCUCGAACCCCAGGCUUUCCCCAGCUUCCCAAGA